AUGACAAUCAAGCAGGAGCCAGUUUUCAAACAAGAAUGCAUCAUCAAGGAAGAAAUCAAGGAAGAAGCACCACUCAUCUUCCCCAGCAACUCCGAAGCAGCUCAAAACGAAGCUCUUGAAUCAGCGAUCUACGAAGUAUUCUUCGAAGAAAAAGCUCAACAAUUCAAAGAACUCACAAAAUCUAUGGAAGUUCUGCAGAAAAAGAUUCAUCUCAGAACAGAAAACAUCGAAAAGGUCCUUUUGGAACUGACAACGAUCAAGUUGUUCGAUACGAACGCUGAGGAAUCAGCAGAAGCUUGGAAACUGCAGCUUCGUCUUGGAUUGUUGAGCUUGGAUCGGAUCAAUUUAGAGCAAGAAAGAGAUGAGAUCGAGGACAAGCUGUAUGAGCUUCUUCAAGCUCCGGAUAAAAAUCCAGGAGAUAUCGAAAAGGAAGAAACGCAGGAGGAUGAGCCAGUUAUAAACAAAAGUCUGGUGCCGAACAGAAUAAGAAAGAAAUCGACAACUAAACAACAAUCUGGCCACAACGAACUAUCCGCCAAAAAAGUUAACAUCGAAAAAAUCAAAAAAUCGAAAUCGCUUCAAUACAACAAAGGUUCAGCUAAAAUAUCUGCCCCAAAAAGAACGGCAAAGAAGAGAAAGUCUUCUGAAGCUGAUGAAUUUAUCAUCACAGAUGAUAUUUCUUCGGAAAACAAAGCAAACCUUAUGCCAAAACGACGACGAAAAAACAAUUUAUGA